UUUUUUUUUAACAAUUUUAUUCAGGUUUUAGUUGCAUUUUUUAAAAAGGGGAGGUGAUUUGUCAGUCUCCUGGAUUCAUUUUGAACCACAGUCCAACCAAGGCAGUUGAAUAAUAAUGAUCCUAGAGAGGACUUGUUUUUCAAAGCCACCAGAAUACCGGAGUUUCAUAUGUAACCUAUACCUCUUAAAUUGAUUACUUUGGGUAACUGUAACUGUUUUAUUUUUAGGUAUUCUGUGUAUUCAUACUCAUUUUAAAAUAAAUACUGAGUUAUUUCAAUCUAGGUAGUUAUGAGCAUAUAGCCUCAUGUAAGUAUGUGGUAUUUUAAUAAAAUAUGUUGGAAUGUAGACUUGAUCUUUUGAUUGAAAGAAAAACAUUGAAUCACAGACAGAAAUUUGGAGAGUUGAUACAUUUGAAAGAAAGGAUUUUGUCUAUGCAGAUUCUCCCCUGCCUCUCUUCUGUUACAGAUGAGUCCCCUUUCUUUUAGGCAAGAAUGUGAUUUCCCCCCAUUUACAAUAGGAACUUAAUUUAGUUACAAUAAAUGCUGUUCUCUUUUCAGUAUUGCACCCUAUGGUGACAUAGUGGGAAGCUAUCUCUUAUGAACUUGAGAACGCAUUUCAUGGGGAAGAAUAGUAAACAAGUGACCACGCCACCAAAGGGGAAGCUGUAAAGCCCAGUUUGGGGAGCUUCACAGGAAUCUCCUGCACCUCUGAAAGCAGGUGUUUGACUCAUACCCAGGAAACCUGGAAUCUGAGAGGGUGGGUAAGUUGGUUUGGCUGAUGAGGGGAGAAUUGCUAAUGUGUUGAGACUGUUCUGUGCUCAGCAUUUGCUUUGACAAAAACUGCUGGGUUGCUUACGAAAGACCAGAUGACCAUCAAGCAUGAGAGUGAGCCAUUCUGGGGGAAUCUAUUUUAGAUCCCAUACAAAAGGGCCUCUUAGAGGUGUGAAGAGUCUUCACAAGAGAACAGUCUAAAGUGGAUCUCCACGUUCCUCAAGAGCUAAGGACAAAGAAAGGCCAGCUGAAUGGAUUUCAUUGAUUCAGGUCAAGGGAGCUGCAGGUGAGAACAGCAGUGGGUACAGAAGUGCCCCCGAGAAAAAUAAUCAGUUUUAAAAUAAUUACCAGAUUCAAACUGCUCAAAUCAUAAAAUAGUAUCAGCCAUUAAGAAGUCUACCACCCCCUAAAGUUAUCCUAGCUGAGGGAGGAGGGAUGCAAUUUGGAAAGAAUGAAAAUGGGAACUUGAUAAUAGGGGGAGUCUAGUAACCAUAAUGUUCAAGUAAUUGUGCAUUAACGAUACCAAAAUAAACAAAAACACAGAAUGCAGAAAACAUGAACAAAGACGUUAUGAUCCUACAUUGCAAAAUAUUACAAAGAAUUAAUAAAAUAAGGUUGAUAGCAAAAAAAAAAGAUAAAAAGAAAAAAAGACCAUUCCUGAGCCUGGCCUAGCUGAUUAACUGUGACUUUGGCAUUUUUGUACUUAACAUAGGGCUGGACAUUCUGUUUCAGGGUUUGUGAGUUAAAACAGCUCUAUGGACUUCUUAUUACUUGAGAAUAAGGUUUUCCUUUUUCUCUGUGGGUGGAAGAAAAAUAGCUGGAUAUUUAAAAGUGUAGUAGGAGAUGAUGUUGCCUGCUGAUUAUAUCUCAUGAGUGAAAACUAGUGGUUAUGUAUAUUAACAGAUUUUUGUGGGAACACAUUUUUUAUGAUAAAAUUCCAUUUGUAAUUUUUCAAAAUCUGAAAUACUUGUGUAAUUUCUGUCACAAUUAUGUAUGGGAUGUGUGUGUGCAUAUAUAUCAUCUAUUUGCCUUUAUACUAAGUUCAUUUGGUCACAGGUUUUAUGUGGCCAAAUGUGUUGAUAAUUUUCUUUUAUAACUUGUGUUUGUUUGAAAAAUCUUUCCUCAUUAAGUAAUACCACUUAGCUUGUUUUUCUAAAAUAUGUAAUGGUUGAAUGUUUUCAUGAAAAGCCUAAAUACUUUCUGAUCUGGACUUUAUUUUGGUGUAUGUGUUACAAGAUGUGUAAAGUUCACAAAUUUGUAUUUCCAAAAAUAUUGAUUUAAUAAUCACCUUUACAUUUAUUAGUUAUAUAUUUUAUACUCUAUUACAUAAUGGAGUAAAUUCACUUAUGGUAAUUUUCUUGUUAGUAUGUACUACUUAGCAAGCACAAGCCAGGGUGGGUACUCCUGGGAUUGGAUUUUAAGGGGCUUAAGUGGGAUAGAGUAUAAGACUGGAUAAGCCAGAAUUUUUUGUGGAAGCUUUCUGUGGGAAGACAGGGUUUAUCACUCAAGCAAGAACCCCAGGAGGUGGAGCAAAUUUGCUGUUGGGCUGUGUAUUAGAACUCAGGAGAUGGCCAUGUUCCAUGCCAAGUGAAGUGGAAAUGCACCCACUCUCCUGCAAUUCAGUGUGAUGCACUUAACUAGUGAAAGUUAGCAUAGACCCCAUAGGUUAAGGGGCUCAGUCCCACAGCACCACCCCCACUUCAAAAUACCAGGCCCAGCUCCCAAGUCCCCAGGCUACUUGCUCUUCUGUCUGACUUGGCUACAAGUUUGGGGAUUCCCCUGACCAUCCUUCAGGUUUGGUAAUUCACUAAGAUGACUCAGGAAGGUGCUGUAUUUAGGGUUACUGAUUUACUUCUAAAGGACGUAAAGGGACAACCAGAUGAAGAUCUACAUAGGCAGCAAGGUCUGCAUGCCUUCCCCAGGCAUGUCACCCUCUCAGUUCAUAGAUGUGUUCACCAACCCAGAAGCUCUCUGAGCCUCAUUUCAGAGUCUUUGUUAAUAGGGUUUCAUUAUGCAAGCAUGAUUGAUUAAAUCAUGGGCCAUCUGACAACUCAAUUUCCAGUUUCCCUCCCUUUAACAUUAUGGGAGGCAAGAAUUCUUUUUAACUUGGUAUAGUGGUUACAGAAACCUCAAAUAAUAUAGAGGUAAACACUGCCAAGAGAAUACUGCAAAGGAAGCAUAAGGAGGGGACUUUGGAGCUAUAAUAAUUAUUGGAGUAUAUUUUAAAAAGAAGCUAGAGUACUGGUGCAAGAAGCAAACCCCGUAGAAAACCCAGAAACAAAAACAUAGCAGAGAAUUUAAAGUAUGGGAAGUGAUUUACACUAGGUGAGAAAACUUAAUUUAGGACAAGUGAAUAACCAUGUUUUAAAAAGUUCUUAGGUGAUAUACAGUGCUCCAAAAUAAAUCUUGGAUUGAAUAAAGAUUUAAUUGGGGAGAAAUAAAAGUAAAGAAAGCGUAAAUCUAAGGCUGGACCAAAGGGGAAGGUUAUUGGAGACUUUACUAGAGAAUGUGUAUUCUUUUCUCAUCAGUCUGCACUUGAUAACACAUACUGACACAGUCUUUGAAACCAAGAAAGCUGCCUUCUGUUAUUGCAUCCUCGGAGACCUCCUGGGGCCCAGCGGGAUUUAGAAGAGGAGUAAACUGACAGAUAAGAUUUAGAGUUUUUUCGGGGUGUUUUGCAGGGAGGAGAUGUCUUUUCCAUAUGGUCUAGUCUUCUGCCAAUUUCCUGACUCAGCCACCUCUCACUGACAUUGAAGGGAACCCAACGCUGCUCUCAGGUACUGGCUGAGAUUUAACAGGCCUGGGUCCUACACGUGCCCUUUCAGCACCCGCGGCUCUGAGUUCCAGGCAUUGUGAUGCGUUCUGGGCGGGGUGCGUUGCUAGGCUACAGUUAACUGUUCUAACUGCCAGUUGGGUGGUGGGCUGUUGAGACCAGGGUUGGCUUAUUCAGCACUAGUGCUGUGUAGCGGACGGCAGCAGGGGAGCUGAGGUCUCCUGAAGCCUGAGGCUCUGGCAUGCUGAAGCGGAUUUUUGACUUCCAGGGUCGGAGGGGCAGGUUGCCUAAGGGCCCCUUCAACGUCCUGCGGAGGAUAGGCUCCGUGGCCGUGAAUGUGGAGGAAUCCCGGUACCAAAUCCGAAGCAAAGAUCUUGGAAAGCUCCACAGGGCUGCGAGCAAGGGCAAAGUAGCCAGAGUAGAGCAUAUUCUAUCUCUGGGGGAAAAUGACUUGAAUGACAAAGAUAAAAUGAAUAGGACUGCUCUACAUUUGGCCUGCGCCAAUGGCCAUGUAGAAGUGGUCACUCUCCUAGUGAGGGGAAAAUGUGAGCUUAACCUGCGUGACAACGAAGAGAGGACACCUCUGCUGAAGGCCAUACAAUGCCGGCAAGAGGACUGCGCACUUAUUCUUCUGGAAUCUGGUGCCAACCCAAAUGUCAGGGACAUCUCUGGCAACAGUCCUCUCCACUAUGCAGCUUGUGGCUCGUGUAUGACAACAGCGGCACAGCUGCUUUUAUGCAACGCAGACAUCGAGGCAAGAAACAAGCAUGGUCUCACACCACUUUUACUUGCAAUAUCUAAAAACAAUGAUCAAAUGGUGGAGUUUUUAAUAAGUAAAGGAGCAAACAUACACGUCAUUGAUGAGGACAAAAGAACGGCACUCAUGUUUGCUGUAAUAAAUGGAUCAACAAACACAGUCAAGCUUCUUCUUCAGCGAGAUAUUGAUGUCAAAUCUCGGGAUAUCUAUGAAUUUACUGCACGAGAGUAUGCUGUUGUUCAUGGUUUUGAUAACAUUUGUCAACUGAUUUCUAAAUAUUCAGAAGAAAAUAAAGCUAAAAAUUCUUCUCAAAAUUUUCAGACCUCUGCUCCAGGGAAGAAGCUUUCUGAAGAGGACUCUUUAAAGAAGAGUGGGGGUCAGUCUUCCAAGUCAACUGAAGACACACAUGGAGAUGAAGCAUCAUUCAAGAUAUCUGGCAUUGAUGAUUCCUUUCCUGAGUCCACUGACGAAGACUUUGAUUUUGAUGAAAAGAACAUGCAGAAACCAAACUUAAAGGAGCUAAUGGAUACUUUUCUGCAAUCCAAGAAGGAGGAAAAAGAAACAAAAUGUCACAUUGUGAAGCCAGGCAAAAGAGCCAACAGCCAGGGCUUUUCUCAUGAGAAAUCUGCUGUGAAACCUUCUCUCAAGUCUUCAGCAGGCCUUGGUCUUACAAAGAAAGGAUCAGUGCAGACAGUGGUUGGAGAAGAAGAAAGUUGUAGUAAUACUAUUGAAAGAGUUCAAAAAGAAAAAAUAAAUAAUGACGAUUUGACUUCUCAUGAAGCACACAAAAGUAAUAGAAGCAAUAAGAUGUCAGCAUUGGGAUUAGAAGAAGAGGAAGACACAGAAUCACCAUGGGAUUCCGAGAGUCUCCCAGAGAGUCUUCCACAGAAGAAUGUUGGUCAUUUUUCUGGUUCUCCAGGUCAAAGAGGAGAAAACCUAUUAAAUAAACAAGUAGGAGAUUCUCUUGGACAAUAUUCUCACGUGGAGCCUGUCAUCAAAUUGAAAGACUCUCUCAAUAAUAAAACACUAGGAGCAGAGAUGACACAAACAUCCACAUCAGUUUGGGAUUCUACUAACAUUACUCUCAGUAAUAAGACUCAUCACGGAUCUAGGAAUUUGAAAACUAAGGAGAAACAUCCAUGUGUACCAUCAAUGACCAAAAAUCAGUCAGCAUCCACAGAAUUGGGACAGAUGGCCUCAAGAGAUAAAGAAAAGAUUAAUAGUGGAGCAGUGUCUCUGUUAGGGGAUUAUACACUCAGUGACAUGUGUGAAUCACAGCUUCCAGAAAACAGAGAGAGCAAACAAGAACUACUAGAUGUAGAAAGGACAGCAAAGGAAGAACAAGAAAAGCUUGGUGGAAGUGCAUUUAACCACCCACAGAUUUCUGAUAGUCAUGAAAAAGAAGAUCUGUUGCAUGAACACCGUAUGUUGCAGGAUGAAAUCGCCAGGCUAAGAAUUGAAGUAGACACAAUAAAACAGUCACACCAUUCUAUAAUAUCUACUCCUGUCCAUGAUCAUGAGCAGAGUCAGGCAUCAGGAAGAAAACUAGAACUUGCUCUGCAGAGACAGAGAGAGGAGUGGUUUUGUUUUCGGGACAAAAUUAAUUUUGCUAUGUCUAACCUGAAAGAAGAAAAUGAGAUUCUUUCUCAGCAGCUUUCUAAAGCUGUAGGUAAAUUCAGUAGCCUGGAAACUGAGCUAUGUCACACAAGAGAUGCCCUCAGAGAAAACACUUCGGUUUUAGAACAUGUGCAAAGAGACCUAAGCCACACACAGUGCCAAAAGAAGGAAAUUGAACACAGGUAUCAAAAGAAACAAGAAAAACUGAAUAAAUACAUCACAAAGCAGGAAUCCUUAGAAGAGAGAUUAUCUAAACUACAAACCGAAAAUGAGUUGCUCCGACAGCAACUGAGUGAAGCUCAGAACAAAGCUGAAAAUAAAGAAAAGACACUCAUUGACAUCCAAAACAGGUUUAUGGAAAUUAUAAAAAAUCUUCAAACUAAAAAUGAAAAAUGUCUUUUGCUAAAAGAAAGCAAUGAGUUAGUCAACGAUUGCAAUCAUCUCAAAGAAAGAUUGAAUCAAUGUGAAAGUGAGAAAGGAGAAAGAGAAGUUGGUAAUCUCACUACAGCACUGGAAAUUUCAUCUUCAGAAUGCCUGCCGGCAGUUACAAGAAAUCAAGUUGAACAGAUGCUGUUGUCUAUGACAUCACUCCAAAAGAAAUGUGAAAAGCUAGAAAAGACAACAAAGAAACUGGAACAGGAAAUAGUAAACCUCAAAACUCAUAUGGUACAAACAUCAUCACAAGAGAAGGUAGAGCAGUUGAGAGCGAAUGAUAAUGCUUCCCUUAGAAGGGAAAUGGAACUCAGAAUUCAAGAGCUGGAAUCUGAACUCUCCAAAAAAACUGACAAAGAAAAUUUGAUGAAAACUAAAUUGGAAAAAUAUCAACAAUUGUACCUAGAAGAAGUAAAAUUUAGCAAGUCAAUAUUGGCAAAUCGAGUAAAUGAUCUCCACAUGACUACUGAGAUACCAGAAGAGAUCAAUACCAGAUGUUUUGUAGAGAAACAGCAGAACGGAUCUUCAAUCAGCAGUCUGACUAUGAGGCCAGUGCUGGAGCCACCUAGCGUUGGAAUCCUUAAGGGUUCAGUGAUCAGCAGACAUCAUAGUCCAAGAGAAAAUUUAGUGAUUCCUACUUGCAGCCAACAGAUUUCAAGUGACAGAAUGGUGACUUACUUUUUGAAGGUGCAGCGAAAAUUGGAAAAACGCAUAACUAGAGAACUGGAAGAAGCUACUGCUGAACUUGAAUCCGGAGCCUGGACAGCCGCUACUACUCUAUCUUAUGGGUUACAUUGAAAUAAAUAUGUAGUUUUGAAAACAUCACAAGAAUAUGUACAGAUUUUGGAAAAAACUUGCAUCAUCUGAAAGAUAAGUGUAGAGAUCUGGGAAAAAAUGGCAGCAUGAGAAAUGAGGCAGAAAACUCCUCCCCAAAAUCACAUAUGACAUGAAAAUAUAGCAAAGAGUGACCUGAAGAUUGCUACAGACUGGCUACAUCUGGGGAAAAGAGAAGACCUCACACUUUUAAAAGGGUAAAGUAGCAAAGCUGUGACCUGGCUGGACUCAAUCCCUCCCACCACCCCAGCUCACUGACGGGAGGAAAAGAAAUAGAGUGGGGAAGUACGAAAGACAGGAGGGAUACUCGGAGAGACUGAGAUUCCAGCCACUUGUGGAGAACAGGUACCUACAACCGGCCGCUCUGCGACAAAAGAAGGCAGGCACUUUGAAAGACUGAACAGCAGUGAAACGGGUGCUAAAGGAGCAAGGAUUACACAGAACUUCUUGCUCAGGAGAAAGGACAGGUGGACAAAAUCAUCUUGGCACACUCAGCCCAGCAGUUUGGGAACUUUUGGGAGCUUUAGUUGCUCUAUCCCCAUGGCUGCCAACGCAGCACCUAGGCCCCUCACAGUAUACUUUCCUCUUAGCGUGGCCUUUGCUGUGUCCCAGAGAUUUUGCAGUGUUGAAUUCUUGUUGUCAUUUGUCUCCAUAUAUUGCCUGAUCUCUGUUUUUAUUUGGUCAUUAAUCCAUUGGUUAUUUAGGAGCAUAUUGUUAAGCCUCCAUGUGUUUGUGGGAUUUUUCAUUUUCUUUGUGUAAUUAUUUCUAGAUUCAUACCUUUGUGAUCUGAGAAGCUGGUUGGUACAAUUUCAAUCAUUUGAAUUUCCUGAGGCUCUUUUUGUGGCCUAGUAUAUGAUCUAUUCUUGAAAAUGUUCCAUGUGCAAUUAAGAAGAAUGUGUAUCCUGCUGCUUUUGGUGGCGUGUUCUGUAGAUGUAUUUUAGGUCCAUCUGUUCUAAUGUGUUGUUCAGUGCUUCUGUCUCCUUACAUAUUUUCUGUCUGGUUGAUCCAUCCUUUGGAGUGAGUGGAGUGUUGAAGUCUCCUAAAAUGAGUGCACUGCAUUCUCUUUCUGUUAGUAUUUGUUUUGCAUAUGUAGGUGAUCCUGUGUUGGGUGUAUAGAUAUUUAGAAUGGUUGUAUCCUCUUGUUGGAUUGACUCCUUUAUCAUUAUGUAAUAUCCUUCCUUGUCUCUUGUGGCUUUCUUUGUUUUAAAGUCUAUUUUGUCUGAUACUAGUACUGCAACUCCUGCUCCCCGCCCCUAUUAGUUGCAUGAAAUAUCUUUUUCCAUCCCUUCACAUUUAGUCUGUGUAUGUCUUUGGGUUUAAAGUGAGUCUCUUGUAGGCCACACAAAGCUGGGUCUUGUUUUUUUAUCCAUUCAGUGACUAUGUCUUUUGAUUGGUGCAUUCAGACUAUUUCCAUUUAGAGUGAUUAUUGAUAAGUAUGUACUUACUGCCAUUGCAGGCUUUAGAUUCGUGGUUACCAAAGGUUCAAGGAUAACUUCCUUACUAUUUGAGAGUCUAACUUAAUUCACUUAGUAUGCUAUUACAAGCACAAUCUAAAGGGUUUUUUUUUCUCCUUUUUCUUCCUCCUCCAUUCUUUAUAUAUCAGGUAUCAUAUUCUGUACUCUAUCCCUUGACUGACUUUGGGGGUAGUUGAUUGAACUUUGCAUCUGCUUUGUAAUUAAUUGUUCUACUUUAUUCACUGUGGUUUUACUUCCCUUGGUGACAGCUAUUUAGCCUUAGGAAUGCUUCCAUGUAUAGCCUCCAAAAUACACUGUAAAGACAGUUUGUGGGAGGUAAAUUCUCUCAACUUUUGCCUAUCUGAAAAGUGUUUAAUCCCUCCUUCAAAUUUAAAUGAUAAUCUUCCCGGGUAGAGUAAUGUUGGUUUGAGGCCCUCCUGCUUCAUUGUAUAAAUAUAUCAUGCCACUCCCUUCUGACCUGUAAGGUUUUCUCCUGAAAAGUCUGAUGAUAGCCUGAUGGGCUUUCCUUUGUAUGUGAUCUUAUUUCUCUCUCUGGCUGCUUUUAAUACUCUGUCCUUAUCUUGAUCUUUUUUUUUGUCAUCAUUAAUGUACAAUUACUUGAACACUGUGGUUACUAGAUCCCCCUACUAUCAAGUCCCCUCCACAUACCCCAUUACAGUCACUAUCCAUCAGCGUAGUAAAAUGCUAUGGAAUCAUUACUUAUCUUCUCUGUAUAUACUGCCUUCCCCAUGUCUGCACCCCCUACUUUAUGUGUGCUAAUUGUAAUGCCCCAUUUUCCCCCUUAUCCCUCCCUUCCCACCCAUCCUCUCCAGUCCCUUUCCCUUUGGUAACUGUUCUGUGAGUCUGCUGCUGUUUUGUUCCUUCAGUUUUUGCUUUGCUGUUAAACUCCACAGAUGAGUGAAAUCAUUUGAUACUUGUCUUUCUCUGCCUGGCUUAGUUCACUGAGCAUAAUACCCUCUAGCUCCAUCCAUGUUGUUGCAAAUGGUAGGAUUUGUUUUCUUCUUAUGGCUGAAUAAUAUUCCAUUGUGUAUAUGUACCACAUCUUCUUUAUCCAUUCAUCUACUGAUGGACACUUAGGUUGCUUCCAUUUCUUGGCUAAUGUAAAUAGUGCUGCGAUAAACAUAGGAGUACACAUGUCUUUUUCAAACUGGGCUGCUGCAUUCUUAGGGUAAAUUUCAAGGAGUGCAUUUCCUGGGUCAAAUGGUAUUUCUAUUUUGAGAUUUUUAAGAUUCCUCCGUACUGCUUUCCCCAAUGGUUGAACUAGUUUACAUUCCCACCAGCAGUGUAGGAGGGUUCCCCUUUCUCCACAACCUCGCCAACAUUUGUUGUUUGUCUUUCGUAUGUUGGCCAUCCUAACUGGUGUGAGGUGAUAUCUCAUUGUGGUUUUAGUUUGCAUUUCUCUGAUGAUUAGCGAUGUUGAGCAUCUUUUCAUGGUCUGUUGGCCAUCUGAAUUUCUUCUUUGGAGAACUGUCUGUUCAGCAACUCUGUGCAUUUUUUAAUUGGAUUAUUUACUUUUUCUUUGUUGAGGUGUGUGAGUUCUUUAUAUAUUUUGGAUAUCAACCCUUUAUCGGAUCUGUCAUUUAUGAAUAUGUUCUCCCAUACUGUAGGAUGUCUUUUUGUUCUACUGAUGGUAUCCUUUGCUGUACAGAAGCUUUUUAGUUUGAUACAAUCCCACUUCUUCAUUUUUGCUUUUGUUUCCCUUGCCCGGGAACAUAUGUUCAUGACGAAGUUGCUCAUGUUCAUGUCAAAGAGAUUUUUGCCUAUAUUUUUUUCUAAGGGUUUUAUGGUUUCAUGACUUACAUUCAGGUCUUUGAUCCAUUUUGAGUUUACUUUUUGGUAUGGGCUUAGAGAAUAAUCCAGUUUCAUUCUCUUACAUGUAGCUGUCCAGUUUUGCUAACACCAGCUGUUGAAGAGGCUAUCUUUUCCCCAUUGUAUGUCCAUGGCUCCUUUAUCAUAUAUUAAUUGACCAUAUAUGCUUGGGUUUAUAUCUGGACUCUCUAGUCUGUCCCACUGGUCUGUGGGUCUGUUCUUGUGCCAGUACCAAAUUGUCUUGAUUACUGUGGCUUUGUAGUAGAGCUUGAAGUCAGGGAGCAUAAUUCCGCCUGCUUUAUUCUUCCUUCUCAGGAUUGCUUUGGCUAUUUGGGUCUUCUUAUCCUUGAUCUUUGCCAUUUUAAUUAUUAUAUGUCUUGGAGUUGUCUUACUUGGGUCCCUUGUGUAGGGGGAUCUUUGUACCUCCAUGGCCCGAGAGACUAUCUCCUUCCCCCAAUUGCAGAAGUUUUCAGCAAUUACCUCCUCAGAGACACUUUCUAUGCCUUUUUCUUUCUCUCUUCUUCUUCUGGUACCCUUAUAAUGUGAGUAUUGUUCCUUUUGGAUUGGUUGCACAGUUCUCUCAAUAUUCUUUCUUUGGUAAAGAUUCUUUUUUCACUCUGUGCAUCAGCUUCUUUGUAUUCCUCUUCUCUAAUUUUCAUUCCAUUUACCAUCUCCUCUACUAUAUCUAAUCUGUUUUUAAAUCCCUCCGUUGUAUGUUUCAUUUCAGAUACGGAAUUUCGUAAUGAUUGAAUCUCCUUCUUAAAUUCGUCCCUGAGUUCUUGAAUAUUUUUCUGUAUCUCUAUGAGCAUGUGUAUGAUUUUUAUUUUGAAAUUUCUUUCAGAAAGAUUGAUGAGUGCAGUUUCACUUGACUCUUUUUCUGGUGCUUGUGGGAUUUGGGUUUGAACCAGGUUCCUUUGACUUUUUAUAUUUGUAUGUGGUGCCCUCUAAUGCCCAGAAACUCUGCUCUCGAGCUACUCAGCCCCUCUAGUGAUGUAGGGGGCCGUGGAGUGGCACUGGUGCCUAGAGGGUGGAAAGAACUGUUACCAGCUUCCUGGCUGUUGUGCCUGCCUCGACUGCCCAAACCACUGGGCUGAACACACAAGUGUAAGCCUCUAUGCUUUGCAUUUUUAGGCAGCGCUUCCCUCCGGCUGUCGUGACACCAGGGCAGGGUCUUCAGGUUUCUGAGCCAGUGCUGGUCGGCUGGGAGUAAGGUGCAGCAGGCUGUGCGUCACAGUGUGGGGCCCUCGGAGCUGAGUAGGCAGCCAGGGGCAUGGAGUGCCUGAAGCUCCUGAAAGUUCCCAACCUGCCAGGCAGGACGUGCCCAGACAACCUUGUCUGCCUAUCCCUUCUCCUGAGCAGCAAGCUCUGUGCAAUCCCCACCCCUCAGCAGCCCUCUUGCUGCUAGGAAGCCUCUCAGACCACCUGCCUUUCCUUUGUCCCAGAGCAGCUGGAUGUGGAUCCUGGUCCUCCACAAGCGGCUGGAAUCUCAAUCUCUCUAGGUAAUCUGCCUGUCUUAGUUUCCAAACCCACUAAUCUCCAGAGCACCAUGCAAUGUAGGUUCGUGCUCCCAGAGCAGAUCUCCAGGGCUGGGUGUUCAGCAGUCCCGGGGAUCCAACCCCAACCCACUCUGUUUCUCUUCCUCCCCCUGGUGAGCUGGGGUGGGAGAAGGGCUUGGGUCCCACCCGGUCAUGGUACAUUACCCUGUUCCAUUAGGUCUGUUCUUUUCUCCAGGUGUAUGCAAUCUGGCACAGGCUUCUUCCCUGUUGUUCCUCUUUCAGAAUUAGUUGUAUUAAUUAUAUUUUCAUAUUAUAUGUGGCUUUGGGAGGAGGCCUCUGUCAUACCUCUCACUCUAUCAUCUUUAUUCUCACUCCCAGGAAAUCCCAAUUUCUUAAAAAAAUAUUUUCUAUGAUUAUACUUUGAGUUUUGAAUCAGGCAGAUCUUAAUUCUGAAUGUGAAGGCAGUGCAUGCAUGGAAAAAUCUAAAAUAUAUUUCAAGCUUAAACAUGGUAAUUGGUGGGUCAAGAGCAUUAGAAACAGCAUGUGACUUGUUUUAAGAGUCCAUGAAAAUGCAGAUGGAAUUACAGAGACCAUAAAAAUUCAAAGACCAUUUUUAAUGUGUAUGGCAUUUUUCCCAUCAUAAUCAGUAAUGCUAUAGGAGGUAGCAAAAUCCUUCUUCCCAGAAAUUUCUGGAUCAGCAUGAGCUAAGAUGUCAUUCCAAGUGCCCCACAUUCUGUAGACAAGAAUGGAGGAAAAUGCCAAGAGGUGAUUCAUGCUUCCUUACUUUAAAUGCGACCUGGUACCAUGGAAGGCAGAAGGAGGCCUUCCUCCGAGUUACAGGUGCAAUCUGGUACACCCAGGGAAGUGGAGGGUCAGAUGUGAUGUCGCCCUGAAAGUGUCAUCACCAGAGAGUGAUAGCACCAGAAGUGAGAAGUGACUACACUGGAUAUGAGAUCAAUCUGGAAGUGACAUCAUUAUAAGCCUGUGUCUAUAAGUUGUGCUCAGAAAAUAAACUGCAUCACUUGUCUGCCAUCCGUGGGCUUUAUUUUUCUCUGUGUUUUCCUUAAGCUCCUCAUCCACUCCACUCAGGUUCAGCUGGUUUUGGGAGCUGGUCUCUGCAAAUGGGCAGACCAGUUCAUCAAGGUUAAACAUUAUCUCCCCAGAAAUGAGAAUAUUUGAGUGGUAUGCAUCUGUGCCAGUACAUAGGAUCUUAAUUUAUGGUUAAAUUGAAUGAUAUCUCUCAGUAUUCCAUAGGAAAGAAACACUUUUGUACUCUGUAAGAAUAAAAAAAUUCAUAACAUACAAA